AUGUCUCUGUGCAGGAGCUGUCGCCAGGCCCUGCGGCUAGCCACCCGGCCACAGCCUUCCGGCCUCGCACCCAGGCGAGCAUCGCCAGCCGCCGCGUCAACGGCCUUUCUCUCAACCAAGCAAGCCGCCCCCGCGCCUUCCGCGCCCUCCCCCUCCUCCUCCGUCGCCGACAUCCUCUCCGGCGGGCCGUCAUGGUCCAUCCGCACCCUCCGCGGCGACCAGCCCACCGAGCCCAUCACGCCCGCGCAGCUGCACCACCUGCUCCGCCUCGCCGCCCUGCCGCUGCCCAAGACCCCCGCCGAGGAGGACGCCAUGAUCGCCACCCUGCAGGGCCAGCUGCGCUUCGUGCGCGCCGUCCAGCGCGUCGACACGGCGGGCGUGGAGCCCCUGCGCGCGAUCCGCGACGAGACAGAGGAGGGCGUGCGCGAGCAAACCAUCGGCCUGCAAGACCUCAAGGACGCGCUCCACAAGGAGCAGCUCGUGGGGCACUACAGGCGGCCCAAGAGGGUCAAGGAGAGGGUGGACUCGGAGGCGGAGAAGUGGGAUGCCCUGGCUACGGCGUCGAAGAAGGCGGGCAAGUACUUUGUGGUGGACAGCGGGAAGGGCAAGGACGGCGGCGCUUCAUAA